GUUUCUCCGCGUUUUUUCCUGCCUCUGUGCCCUCUGUUUCACGCCAAUGGUGCUCUCCCUGUGUCACAUCCACUCCCACUUUUCUCUUUCAGACACCAAAUAUUCCCGGAGAAUAAUUUAAUAUUUUUAAAUUCCCAAGCAUCAAACUUUUUUUUUUUGAAUUAUAUAAGUACUGUAUAAUCCAACUAGAGGCUGGAAUUUCGAAUGUGAUCUCUGUUGUUUUUCCUUUUAGAUGCCGACCACCCAAGAACAGAAUCUCUUUCUUUCUGGACUUCGUGAGAAGCACAGAGAAGAAUUGGAAAAUCUUACAUUAACAACUCAGCCCUUAAGAACUCUAAAGCUUUUUGUCUUUGCUGUUAUCCAAUGGAUUCAUCAAACAAUUCGACAUCGUGCUGGUUGGUUCAUAUUUUCAAGCACUUUGGCUGGAAGUAUCGGAAUUCUAGUCAUGACCAUUGGAAGGCAUCAUGAAAUGAUUCAAGAGCUUAUUCAUUAUGUUGUAUUUGGAGCCUGGUGGUUGGCCCUUGGGGUAGCAUCAUCAAUUGGUCUUGGAUCUGGUUUGCACACAUUUGUGCUGUAUUUGGGUCCUCACAUUGCCUUUUUUACGAUAAAAGCUGUGCAGUGUGGCCGUGUUGAUCUAAAAAGUGCUUUGUAUGAUACGAUUCAACUGAACAGUGGUCCUUCAUGGCUGAAUAAAAAUUGCUCUGAAUAUGGGCCUCCACUGUUCCCAUUAGAACAUGGUUUAAGAGUUCCACUCGGUAGCAUAUUACCUCAGGUUCAACUAGAGGCCAUCUUAUGGGGUAUUGGAACUGCACUUGGAGAGCUCCCUCCAUACUUCAUAUCUAAAGCAGCCUGCAUAUCAGGUAGCAAUUUGGAUAUUAUGAAUGAUUUCGAUUCUUCUUCAAUGGAAAAUGGUGGUAACACAGCCAAUCAUCUGAAACAGAUAGAAUAUUGGCUCCUUUCACACUCACAAUACUUGAACUUCUUCACAAUUUUGGUUCUUGCUUCGGUUCCAAAUCCUCUAUUUGACCUUGCUGGUAUUAUGAGUGGGCAAUUUGGUAUUCCAUUUUGGAAAUUCUUUCUAGCAACAUUACUUGGAAAGGCGAUCAUCAAAACUCACAUUCAGACAGUUUUUAUCAUCUCAGUUUGCAACUAUCAACUUCUUGACUUCAUUGAAAACGAGUUGAUUAGAGUGCUCAGCUUUAUCCCAGGGCUGGCCACCAUCCUGCCAAACCUUAUCAUGAAGCUACAGACUAUUAGAGACAAAUAUUUGUCACCCUCUCCUCCUGUCUCCUCAAAUAUUAAGGUGAAGAGGUGGGAUUUAUCACUUGCUUCAAUGUGGAACACGGUUGUAUGGCUCAUGCUUCUAAACUUCUUCAUUAAGAUAGUAACAGCGACUGCUCGGAACUUUCUCAAGGAACAACAGGAAAAGGAGCUGAUAACAUUGUCAAACCACUAUCCUGAAUUGAAUCCUUCAGCUUCUAAAUCCAUUUAGGCAUGCUAUAGUGUUAAAGACAGUUUUCCACAUCAUACUUUUUUGUGUUUAAUUUGUACACAAAGCUUGAGGGAACAGAAGGGAAAAGGCAAGUAAUUCCCAACUUCCAUUCUUAUUAUUUGGAUUUUGGACUUUGUCAGAUCAACUUUAUUGUCAAACCUCAGGAAAUAUAAAUUAAGAUUUAGCUUUAUCUUCUAUGUGAAGCUGGUUUUUUGUGAA